CCGCAGUCCGACUUGAACAGAUGGGUAACAUCUUGAAAGACGUGCUCCGGCUCUGCCGUGAAAAGGAGGGCCCGGGGUUUCGUUCGCUGUAAGCGGCUGGUGAUGAGAAAUUAUUUCCAGAGAUGUCGCCGAGACUGCACACCUCCGUUAUUUGGAAACCUUAAGACAUUUCAGCGGAAAGUUUUUUUUUCUUUUCGACCUCGGAUGGAAGAACUUUUGAGACAAAGCGGUAGCCACGGGGCUGUUUUCUCCCGUGUUUUGUUAGUGAUAAAAAUGGAGGAAACCCGGCCCUGAGUGACACAAUGUCUUGGGAGGAGUUCAUCGAGCUCCGUGACCUCAGGUCGACCAAAGAGCAGAUAGAGCUGACGGGGACGCGCGCUCCGUGCUCACCUCCGCGCCUAGAGAGAACCAACGCCCUGAGGAUCAGCCCGGGAAGGGUCCCAGACCUACUGAGUCGUGUGGGCAUUAUCAGAGUCCUGAGCAGCAGCCAGGACCCACAGCUCACAGAGGAGAAAGGAGAGGGCCACGACUUCCAACCCUGUAGCCACGCUCAGCCCACGUGGUGCGACCUGUGUGGAGACUUUAUCUGGGGCCUUUACAAGCAGAGCCUGCGGUGUGUCAAUUGUAAAUUCACAUGUCACUACCGAUGCCGUGCCCUGAUUCAACUGGACUGCAGCUGGGAACGAGGCUCCUUGGCUGACCCCACAUGUGUCGUGGAGUACACCAUAGAAACGGACACAAACGUGGAUGAACAGAUUGAAUUGAGUAAGCAGGAGCUGACAGUGGUGGACAUUCAGCAGAAAGUGAAGGAGUACAAUGCUCAGAUCAACAGCAAUCUGUUCAUGAACAUGAACAAGGAUGGGUCCUACACCGGCUUCAUAAAGGUGCAGUUCAAGCUGGCCCGACCCGUGUCUGUUCCCACCCCAAAGAAAGGAGGCAACGACACAGGCGGGAGGCGGGCCAGCGGAGUGAAGCGGCGCACCUCUUUCUACCUGCCGAAGGACGCGUCCAAGCAUUUGCACAUAAGUUCUCGAACUUCGGCUCGUGAGGUCAUCGAGGCUUUGUUGAAGAAGUUCACCGUUGUGGACAAUCCCGCCAAGUUUGCUCUAUUUGAGCGCAGCGAGCGUCACGACCAAGUUUAUAUCCGUAAGCUGUCUGAUACCGAGCGUCCCCUUCGUCUGCGUCUGUGCGCUGGACCGAAUGAGAAAGUCCUCAGUUUUGUGCUGAAAGAGAACGAAACUGGCGAAGUCAAUUGGCAUGCCUUCUCCAUGCCCGAGUUAAAGAACUUCCUGCGGAUUCUGCAGCGUGAAGAGGAGGAACAUAUCAAGCAGAUCGUGCAGCGCUACGCGUUGGCUCGCACUAAAAUGCAGGAGGCUCUGGCUGGCUCAACGCCCGGCUGAGAUGCCUACGCUCAGAGGGGCUUUAGCGUGCACCUUUCGGCUGGACGAUCGCCAGAAGUUGACCGGCCAUCGAUGCAUUCAAAGAUCCCAGAGAAUCCAACUCCAAACGCCUCUUGGUGAACGAGAGUGUGAGACAGGGCGCGAGACUAUGAGAGAGAGAGCGCUAGCGCGAAUGUGCAUGUGAGAUGAUGUGAGAGAUGAGACGUGCCUUACACCUGGAGAGUCUGAUGUGCCUGAGAGAAUGAGUUGAGAGAAUUGACGACUGGCAGAUGAGACAGUAAUGUCUUUAGCUUUUGGUUACUGUAGGAUUAUCCUGCACCUCAGCUGUGUUAUUUUUCCAGAAAACCAAAAUUGGUAAUAUUUCAAAUAAUGCAUUUAAUCCCCUUUGCCUUCACUCAACAACCCACCAUAAUAAUGAUGCUUCUCACCCUCGGGUUAAACACAUACUUGCUGCAAGGUAUUUGGAUUUUCACUUGACCUAAGCUCCGAGUCUGCCAUGUCCUCUCUUACACCCCUGAUGGGUGCAACUCUGAAUUUCACUGACAAUUUGUGAGUGUGACUGAUGUAUGGACAUUUGUAUGGAACUAUGAAUGUCUGCGAAAACAGUGCCCAAGUCACCCUGGUUGACUGGAACCUUGAAUGAAUAUUUCUUUGGAUGUGUUUAACUGGAAGUUUCCUGUCAUUCCUUUAUAUCUUUGUUUUGUUCUGUCCUUUAAAACAAAAUGUUUGUCUUCUGUCACUCUGUUCACUUUCACUGUAUGGAAGUCUAUGCACAAAUUUACUUGUUGUAGCAAUCUUAAGAAUGUCGUGACUAAUGUGCACUGCGUUUAGUAAAGAAUUACCAAAAAAUCUA